AUGGCUGACAGUCUCACAAACAGAGGCACUGCUCUGUUGUCAAACAACAUAGUGGUCAUCGCUGGGGCAACGUUCCUAGCAUAUAUUCUGUAUCACUUCAUCUACCAACCUCUGUACACGAGCCCUCUCGGACAGAUUCCAGGCUCGAAGCUGUUCUCAACAACAAAAUGGCGGCUUGCACUUGCUGAUUACCAAGGAAUCCGGACGCAAACCAUCCACUCAUUGCAUAGACAAUACGGUACAGUUGUGCGCAUCGGUCCCAAUGAAGUAUCCUUCUCUUCUCUAAGCGCAUUGAAAACGAUCUAUGGAGCCGGAUCUGGCUUUGAAAGAACAGUGUUCUAUCGGAUGUUCGAUGCUUAUGGACGCCAGAACCUCUUUACCUUCGCUGGAACCAAACAGCAUGCCGAGAGAAAGAAACUACUUGCCCAUGCCUACUCAAAGAGUGUGAUACUUUCACCCAACGCGAUAGCAAGACCCUUGAUAGAGAAGAAUGUCAGUAGCUACCUGGAGCUUCUGGAACGCGAGAAAGAUGUGGCCGAGGAGAUAUUCCAAAGUCUACAUUGGUUUAGCCUGGACAGCAUCACCGGGUUCCUCUACGGCGACAACUAUGGCGGAACACAUGCAGUCGCGGGGAAUAGAGAACAUAGGCAACUUAUUGGCGAUAUUAUUGAUCCCAGCAGACGAAAGUUGAGCUGGUAUGCUACACAUCUGAAGAGGUACACAAAGUGGCUUUAUACCCGAACCGGAAUGAUGGAGAAACUUGUCACCAGCAUGGGAUUAUUGCCGAUGGAAAAGCCGGCCACGUACACUGGCAUUCGAGCACACGCGCUCCAGUCAUGGACCGCUUUCGAGGCCGCCGCCGUUGAAAGUCCCCCAUCUCAAGAAUAUGCCAUUAUCGAAAAGCUUUGGAAACAGAACAAAUCAGGUAAAGGGACACGUCUUGAUGGGCUUGACAUGGCUUCGGAGUUGGCGGAUCAUUUCCUUGCUGGCAUAGACACCACUAGCGACACGCUGAUGUUCACGAUUUGGGCCCUUUCUCGAGAAGAAAAUCGAGCAUACCAAGAUAAAUUGAUUGACGAGGUCGACAAAAUUCUCGACAUUGACUGCAAUGACGACGGCAACCCGACUGCAGAAGCCGUGGACAAACUUCCAUACCUUGAUGCCGUCAUCAAGGAGACCCUUAGACUCUAUGCACCUCUGCCAGCUUCGGAGCCGCGGUCGCUCCCUAUUGACGCAGCGAUUGACGGAUAUUUAAUUCCUGCAGGAACAGUUGUGAGCAUGUCGCCAUAUACACUCCACCGAAACCCAGAAGUGUUUCCAGAGCCUCUGAAGUUCAAGCCUGAACGGUGGAUAGGCGAGUGUGGUGAUUUGGCCGAGAUGAAGAAAUGGUUCUGGGCAUUUUCAAGUGGAGGUCGUAUGUGCAUUGGACUUCAUCUUGCGAUGGCGGAAAUGACGACCUUGCUUGCAGCGAUCUAUAGGCGUUAUUCCACAAGUGAGUAUAAGCGGCAAAGAGGAACAGGACCUGUCAUCACAAGCCGAUUUGAAGUAUUCUACGAUGAGACUCUUCCAAAAGCAGAGGAACACGAAUGUUUUAUCAACUUUGAGAAAAGGCAUAGCACGAAAACGACAUAG